AUGUCCAAACAGCUUGGUUUCGAAGCAACCGAUUAUGAACAGUGGUAUCAAGUCACCAAGGCUGACUUUAUCCGACUGCGUGGACGUGGUCUACUCCAGCUCCACAACGACUCUGUUCAUCAACUAUUACAAAAGCAAUAUCCAUCUUAUGAUUGGCUUCCCUUCAAGUUUGUCAAUACUCCAAAGAACUACUGGCGCGACAUUGAGAAUCAGAAGAAGUACAUGGUAUGGCUACAGACGAGACUUGGAAUCAAGGAGGCAAGGGAUUGGUAUCGAAUCAAUAAGUUGGAUUUCAUUGAUAACUAUGGCAACAGUCUGUUGUUGCUCCAUGGAGGCUCCCCUGCACAGGUCGUGAUGGCCUUGAUAGACAAUGCACAGGGAUGGCAAGUCUGGCGCUUUGCCAAUCUGCCACGCGCCGCUCACAAGGACCCAGAGGUGCUGCGGCAGUUCCUGGAGUUUGCCGCGCGACACUACGAGAUCAAGGACCAACCCGAUUGGUACCGUCUGUCCUGGAGCCAGAUCCGCGACAUUGGCGGCUUCUCGUUGGUGAAGCGCAAUGGCGGCUUCUGCCAGUCGCUGGCGCAGGUCUACCCUGAGCAGAAAUGGAACCCGCGACAGUUUAACACGCCAGGCAAGAAGUCCUCGCAGCGCUUGCUCAAGCUGUACCUGACGCGAUUGUUUGGCGAUCACGAGGUGAUCGAGGAGUACCGCGACCUGGCCCGUCUGCGAUACACCAACAGCACAAACUUUGGCUUCCAGUUGGACUUUUACAUCCCUUCAUUGAACGUGGCGUUUGAGUAUCAGGGCAAACAGCACUUCCAAGACACGAGGCUUUAUGGCGACGCCAAGAUCUAUCGCGAUAGGGAUGCUGAGAAACGAGUGAUCUGUAAUCAAUUGUCAAUCAAACUGAUUGAUAUACCUUAUUGGUGGGACAAUCAGAUUGAUUCACUUAUUGGAACGAUCAUUGAGCAUGGUGGACGAACAUGGCUCGACUCAUACAUUACCAAACACAGUACAAUCAAUGGAUGGACAACCAAUCAACACUUUCAACGCAUACCAAUUGAAUACCAAAAGCAACGUACAAAUAAGAAGGUGCAUUCCUUGUUGUAG